AUGCACCCCGGCUUCCCAGAAAACCCUAGAGCAUCAUUCGACUUUUGGAGCACACCAGCUUAUGCCGAAAGCGAAUAUGUGCCCGAAGGCUAUUCUAUUGUUCAUACCGCCCAACCUGGUUUUUACACCAGAAGGACGCGCAACCCAUGCCCUUUGACUUCUGCUGACGCGUACCAGUAUCAAUACCACCCGGUUACGCUGCAUGCUAAGCAUUUAGUUCCAAUUGCUCAAUCAAGGCUGGCGCACCAAAAUAUGCUAUAUCUACAACACAGGGCAAUCCUUACAGAAACUUCCGAGCAUCUCGAGGAAAUAUUCCAACGUGAAAUCAAGGAAAGAGACGAUAAACGUACUGCAGCUAAAAUACGCAAGGAAAAAUCUCAACAAGAGGUAUCCGCACGCGUUAAAGCGUUUUCCAAGCCGAUGGUUUCUGACGGAGUGUCCGGUGGAUUUUCGUGGCAACCGCAAAGCGCAAAACUUCCUGUGCGAAUCAGGAGUAUCCAACCAGUAAUAUCUCCCUCCGGUUUGACUGUGCAUGAGGAACGUAGGAGGUUGCUGGCCAACAAAGACUUGAUUACGCCGACGGUGGAGUUCCACCAGGAAGAGCCAGAAAAUCAAGCUCACCCGAAAGUUCCGAAGAUAAGUGAUGCGCGAGAAAAUCUUGAUCCAAGUUCAUUCACAGCAGCAGAGGACUCUGCCAAACAGUUUGAAGAGAAAGAUGAUUCCAGGGACCUUUCCACACCUCUUAAUGAGAAGACCGAAGACAGCAGCCCGGGAUUUCCUUCGAAUGAGAUUGGAGGCUCGGCACAUGAUCCGGCUGGGCUGAGAACGUCUGUACAUCUUCCCACGUUUGGGAAAGUUGAAGAUUUGGAAAAUGAGAAGCUUGCCGGGUCAAAUAUCAAAAUUACCCAUCAUCCAGUCUCUGGAGAAACGGUUGUCCCUGUGAACGAGGCCGCUACGUCUUUGUCGAAGACUCAAGCAGCAACUAAACGAGAACUUACUCCCCCAAAGACUGAUAUUGCCUCAGGCAAUCAGGAUGAAGUUUUCCUCCCUGCUGAUACAUUCUCGGUUCAAACGAGCCAAUUGCAGCAAAGUCUGCCGUAUGAAUCAGAAAAUAAUCUGGCGAUGUCCAUACGAAAUAAAGCUCCUGAAAGCACUUACAAAUAUGCGCUUUUAAAAGAGGAAAACGUGCCGCUGUCAGUGGAAGAGUUCGCCGGAGUUGAAAUGCAGAAGAAAAAAUAUAUACCAGGGUCGCAAGGACCUCAUCGAGCUCCAAAUCCUCACUGCGUCACACCGAAUGCUCGGGCCAACGCAAACGAUUUGACCGCAGUCAAACAGCGUCAAAGUCUUAACACGAAAAGCACCCAGAAACCUCACAGCGAUCAAGCCAAAGCCACUCCAUCGCCCAAGUCUCCAGAAACCCUUCGCUCCAUCGAUGCAACCAAUCCUAGUGAGCAAGUUGAAAAUUCAAAGACCUCCGAAGAAGACCCCAGCUUUUCUUCUGGUCCUCGUACCGUUGGAGAUGGCACAGAAGAUUCAGCCUGGAGGACACAUGGGAAGACUAACAAGGUGUAA